CCUUGGCUUGACAGAUGGAAUUGAAAAGUGGGUCAACCCUUCGACGCGGUGGAGGCGGUGGUCGACGUACCGCUCGUACCGUCAAUCCGCAGAUCGUGUACGAUGCCGUACUUCGUUGUGCGGUUCGUGUUUGCAACGAGUUGAAUGGAAAUACUCCCAGCGGUCCCAAGGAGUUGAAAAAGGAACGUUCCAGUGGCUAUCUCGGUAUUGAUGUAUUUGGCGGGCUCUCUGACAAGUUUGGUGAAGAAAGCAAACCGGACAAACUAACCCGGGAAAUCGUGCGAGGAAUGGCUCGACGACUGGACGAUAUCAGCGAUGGAAAAGACUUGACAAAAACCGAAUACCAGGACAAACGAUUCAAAGCGGUCAUUAAGCAAAUGAAGAAAGUGCUUCAGCAACACCGUUACCGACCGACAGGCACCGUCAACGAUCUGGUCAUCAUCUUUCUCAAGACGAGUGAGACCGAGCUUAAACGCCACGAUCCGAAUCCGGCGGUCUGGUACGAAGAUCUGAACCGCUUCAUUGCACGGUUUGCCGAAUUACUCGUCAUUACCAUUCAAGAAGAUGCACCGUCAUCUGCCAGUCCCGAAGUGAUGGAACUCUUGGAUGGAUUCAUCUCUCCAAGAACCAUCCCACGUUCCUCGGAUAAGAAAAAAGCAGCUUCCACUCCAGGCAAUGCCUCCCCGAUACCCUCAGAUUCAAUAGAAUCUCUUGAAAAUUUCCCAAUGAUCCAAACCAUUCAAAAAUUAUUCGAUAUCCCCAACGCUGAACACACCGCCAAAUUACGCGAGCUUCAACCACUGUGUACUGAAUCGGCAUUUCUGCUGGAUUUGAAAAAGCUCAUCAAUAACGUUCAUACCAACCAACCGUAUCCUGGACGGAAAGAAGAUUUUCCUACCCAGCAGGCGUACGACAGUUGGCAGAAAAAGGAAGUCAAGCAAUUGACCGAGCUUAUGAAUACCAUUAUGUUGAUGAAUCCGAAAUUCUCCUUGGGAGCAGGCAGUGAAAUGGAUGUAGGAUCUUCCAACCUGCUCUCUGGCGGAGGUCCCCGAGCCCCGAACCGUCAAAGUUCAGGAACCGACCAUUCAGGCACCGGUCAAGACAGCGUACCAUCACCUGCGCGCAGUGAAUCACUUCAGAAUACGUUUACAUUUGUGCCGAGCGAUCCCAAAUCGUUUUUCCGUUACCUCAUGGAUCUGUGUAUUGAGCAUGAUCUUAAAACGUCCGAAGGCAUCGAGCGAGCCAAAGGAAGUGUUUUAUCUCAGCAAUCCGAUGAAUUGUUGCGAGAAUGUUGGAAAACGUGGCGCUUAUCUUCGUCGUUCCGUGCAACACUCUAUCUGGAACUGGUCAAGACCCGAUUUGAUGCGGACGAAGUCGAUUUUGACGAUAUUCAGGAUGCUAUCAGAACAUUGGAUAAAGUGUCGAAAGAAAGCGACAUCGAGAUGUGGCCCAUCAAUGACCGAGAGCGUCUCGUGCGCGUUUUUGAAGGUCUGAAUAAUACCGUAUUGCAUCAGUUGGCCGAUGCUUUAUCUGAAUAUUGGCGAGUAAGACCGGAAUGGAUCAGUGAUCUUGUCACCAUGCUCGAUAAGAUUUAUGAGAAUCCCGUGUUUCUGCAAGAUCACACUGACCCAUUGGUGGAAUUCGGAAAUCUGGAAGAAAUUGUAGAGGGAGCAGCAGUAGAACGAUGGCGUCGUCUAGAAAAGAACUUCAACAAUCCAGAGAACUCGGAUGACCUCGAAAGACUAGUGAGCAUGGCAGAUAAACUUCUUCAAGAACUUGUAUCUCUUGCAAAACGAAAGUUUAAGACAUCCAUCAAAGGUAUUAUAUCGGUGCCAAGUAUAGUCAUGGCCAAGCAAAUGCCCUAUUUCGCAUUAGAAAUGGACAAUUGGGCAUUUUCGCCUGCUGCAAAAGAUGCAUCCAUCGAAGUUACGUUUGAACUGUAUCACAAAGUAUUGCGACUGAAAACAUUGUAUGAUCAACACGGAUCGAGACAAAAAGCCGCAUUGUUCAAAGUGGAGUCGUGGUUCUUGCAGCAUGUAAGACGAUGGCUGAUGACGACCAAGGCUGCUACACUUGAAUGGGUUGAAAACGCCAUCAAGGAAGACAAGUUUGAAAAGACAAGCGAGGCAGCGCCUCACUCUUCAUCUGUGAUUGAUUUGUUCAGUAUGUUCCAUCAAGCCGUGGAUUUCCUUCACAAUCUUCAGUGGCCCAACGAGCUUCAGCGAUGUGGCUUUCUCACCGCAUUGUCAAAAGUCAUCGGUAUUGCCUUGGAACAAUACACCGUUAUUAUGGAAGAUAUGAUUACCGAAGACCUUGUGCCGAAGACUGGUUCGCAUGGCAACCCCGCCGCCCCUUCUACAUUUUUGGAUAUGGCGCGUUAUCAGUUGGGUGGAGGUCGUUCCAGCACUGAAAGCGACGUUCCCACUGAUUUUACACCCGAGUUUUGUAUCAAAAUCAACAAUAUUGAAGCCGCACGUUCCCGAUUGGAUCGAUUAUAUGAAAUGAUGGAUGCUGAUGCAAUUGCCGAGAAGAUGCGCGAUUUUGGUGUGCCGCAAGUAGAGAAGGAGCAAAAGAACUUUUUAUACUCCAUCAAGAUUGUGCGUGCUGAAGGAUUGCAAGCGUUGGAUAACAAUGGAUUGAGUGAUCCGUAUGUGGUACUGGAAAUCGACGAAAAGCCCAUCACAAGGACACGCACAGUCUACGAAACUUUGAAUCCUCGAUGGGAUCAAGUGUUUGAUAUCUGGCUUACGGAGAAAGCCGUCGAAGUAUUGGCCAUUGUGUACGAUGAAGAUAUGAUUGGCGCGGACGACGAGUGCGGCUACGUCCAUUUUAAACUAGCUCCCGAGUAUUUCAGCGAUUUCCAGUCGCAUGAAUUCACUUUGAAGCUUCAUCCUCAAGGCCAAUUGGUGCUACGCGUCGGUUUGGAAGGCGAGAAGAACGAUAUUCAGUUCUGGUUUGGCAAAGCUUUCCGAACACUUCGAAGAGCUGAAAACGAUGCAGCUGGUCUCAUCGUGGAUAAAAUGAGCCGAUACAUGCGUCAAUGCAUGUCACGAAAAACCAUGGAUAAAUUACUGGGUCGUGACCGCAGCUUUUUCGCCGCUUUCACCCGUGCGGCCAAGCCUGUAUCACCGAGCAUCCAAGAGUGUGAAGAUGCGAUUGCUCCUCUUUUAGAUUAUCUGGAACGUAACUUGAAGGUGCUCAAUGAUAAUCUCUGGGACGUCAACAUGCAAUUUGUGUUGGACAAGAUCUGGAAAGAAAUGCUAUUGGCCUUGGAAAACGUGUUGCUUCCCCCUCUUUCGGAACAAAUGUCAGAGAUGAAACCGCUGGAUGAAUACGAGUUUGACAUUAUUUUCAAAUGGCUCGAGCUACUAAAAAUUCUGUUGAAUGGCGGUGAAGAGGGCGACGGUGUGCCACUGGAGAAACUUGAAACCUCGCAAUACUACGCGUUGCUGGCGAUUAAAUCGGCUUAUUACAUGGAUACCGAUCAGCUUAUGCAAGGCUACCACAGCGUGCUGAAGAAUCAAGUGGAGAUGAAAUUGAGAGGCGGACGAAAGAUGGAUCGUAGCAAGACGGUGUAUCACUCUCGUCACACCAUUAAGAAACGGAAAUCUCAACGCAAGUCGGUAUCGCCCGAUUUACCCAACAGUGAAACCAUUUUGCGUAUUCUUCGCAUGCGAUCCGGUAAAAAUGUCAGAGAAUUCUUACGGGAAGAGUAUGAGAAACGGAAUAAUGUGGUGACACAACAAGCGAUGCCACGAUCGGAUGAAAACGACGCCGAACUACCUCUCACAACGGAACACGUUAUCACGCCAUCGGAUGAACAAACCUUACCUAUCGUUUAGAAAAGAAGAAAAAAAAAAAAAAAAAAAAAA